UUGGGGCAAAUGCGUCUGACGUCGCAGCAACGAAAGAAAACAACAAAAAAUAUGUUAAAUUUACAAAUGUUUACGUGAAAAUCCGAACAAACAAGGAAUGUAAAAAUAAUUCGCGCUGCAAAAUAGAAAACUCACUUGUAAAUUGUUAAUUGUUGCCAUUAAUUGCGGCAGAAGUGAAGACUGAAAAAAAAGAAAAAAAUUAACCAAAAAUAGGCACAGUGCGCUGAUUGUUGUUGAGUCAAAUCAAAAGUGCGACAAAUUCUCGCAUUCAGUUGCAUUUUCAGUUUCAUUUUCAUUUUCAGUUUUGUAUUUGUUUAUUUCGGUCUCGGUUUAAUUUCGGUCGCCUGACAAUCUCCAAAUCGACUUAAAAAAAAAAUAAAAAAAAUAAACGUACACAACAACGGGGCAUUUAAUUAAAUAAAUCGCAAUCAUUAGUCAACGGCCUGUUAUUUCCAGCCGCCAAAUCGGACAUUAUAUCGGACAUUCUAUAUACUAUAUAGCACAUUUCGAGAGAUCAAAUCUGGCGAGAGAAAACACAGAACAGGAAACAAUUGAAAUCAUCUGAGAAAACGGGAAUAGUUAUACAGAUGGAAUCUCUACUGAUAGGAUGCCUCUCCUUGCUUUUAUAGGCUAACGAGUUCCUGAAAACCACAUCUUCUAGCUAAUCGAAACAAUCGAGAAUCGAGUAUCGAGUAUCGAUGAUUCACACACUCCACUGAUGGAUCCAAAGCGGAAGAGUCUUCCCAUCCGGAACGGAAAAUUCCGGAAUGGUAGCCACUUUGGAUUGCCAAUUUGUGGGAGAAAACAAAUAAAACAGUUUGCCCAGUCUGUCCAUCUGCGUCAUUGCGAAAAAAAACACUUGUCGCCCACUUGUUGGCGAAGUGGGCGUGGCCGGAGGUGUGCUGACACACAAACAAUUGCGGGCGCAGAACAUGGAUCUGAAAAUGGAGCUGGGCGGCUACGUGCACUCCGCGCCCAACACCAAGCGCUUCGUCGUGGAGGACUCCAUUACCAAGGUGACCUCCGAUGGGGAGCCGCACGGCAUGAUGACCAUGGUGGCCGGAUUGUCCGGCCUUUUGGCGGCCAUCAUCAUUCUGGCCGUCCUUGUGUCCAUGGUAUCUUGUCGCAAGCAGAAGAGCAACAACCGGAAGAGCAAUUCCUCCGCCAAUGUGGUGGCCAUGACCAGUGUGGCGCAGGAUCAGCCCCAGUUGGCCGGUAACUUGAACGCAGCGUUCGCUGAGAGCACUCUGACCUUGGACAAGGUCAAGCAGGGCACGGAGGACCAGUGGCGACCCACAGCCGUGGUGGUGGAGCGGUACUAGUGGGAGCACCAAGCACCAAACACCACCGCCAACCAGCGGCACAUGGGCACGUGAUGUUUAUUGUAAACGUUUGAGACUGACACUUAGCCUAAGGAUUUCCAUCACCAUCUUAUAUCUAUAUAAAAUAUGACACCUUUUUUUUUUGCUUGUUAAAUAUUAUACUACUAUACUAUAAAAUAUGUGAAAAUAUAUAUUUGUUAGAAUUAAAGGGAAAACUGUAAAGCUAUUUCACAUUUUCCAGAGAAAGAUGAGAUUUGUGCACGUUUUGGAUUCAUUGACAAGCACUAUAUGUUCAUCCACAAAAACACAAACAAUUCAACCAAAUGGAUCAAUAUAUUCGUAUGCAGCUGCGUACAUGUGUGGUAUAAAAUAUAGUAUACAAAAAAA